AUGAAGUCAGACUUUGAGUCCAAGCUGGACACCAUAUUUGCCAAGUUUUGGAGAAAUCUGGCAUCUAGAGAACAGGCUAUCAAGCAAAAAGCAUGUAAACACUCUCCUAUGGCAUCGCCACCACAGCCUCACAGCAAGCACGCAACGUUCAAGAAGCAGAGCCAAAAAAUGGCGAUGGAGCAGGCGAAAACUCAAGCCUGGACAUUUGUCCAGGCGGCUGAGCUCGGAUGGACCUAG